AUGAAGAACGGCAAGUUCGAUGAGGGAGAAGCUACUCUGCGGCUGAAAAUGACUCUGGAGGAAGGAAAGGUGGAUCCUGUAGCCUAUCGUAUCAAAUAUGUCCCUCAUCACAGGACCGGCAAUAAGUGGUGCAUCUACCCGACUUACGAUUACACUCAUUGCCUUUGUGAUUCUAUAGAAAAUAUCACGCAUUCGUUGUGCACGAAAGAGUUCCAAUCAAGGUAGGC